UGUGGCCAUCUUGUUUGCGACGACAGCGGUAGACGAUGGCAUCCAAGGCUAAGGCUUCCCCCGCGCCCUCGAGCAAUGUCAAUGGCAUCCUCUCGGACCUCCUCUCGCAGUAUAGCAAGAACACGCCCCGCAAGAUGAAGCUCAUCGACGGCUUCCUCGCGUACGUCCUUGCCACGGGCGUGCUGCAGUUCGUCUACUGCAUGCUCGUGGGCACCUUCCCGUUCAACUCGUUCUUGUCCGGCUUCAUCUCGACCGUCGGCGUCUUUGUGCUCACGGUCUCGCUGCGCAUGCAGAUCAACCCGACCAACGCCGACGCGUUCUCGUCCGCGCCGCGGUCGUCCGAGCGCGCGUUCGCCGACUACCUGUUUUGCAAUUUCAUCUUGUUCCUUGUCGUCAUGAACUUCAUGGGCUAGCCGCGACGACGAAGACGACGACGACUAUGAGGAUGAGGCUGAUGAUGAAUGCAAUCGCCUUGUGUUUCAUGGA